AUGAACCAACAGUGCAAGGUGUGCGGUGAGCCCGCGGCCGGCUUCCACUUUGGUGCAUUCACCUGCGAGGGCUGCAAGUCCUUUUUCGGGAGAUCGUACAAUAACCUGAGCAGCAUCUCGGAGUGCAAGAACGGUGGCGAGUGCGUGAUCAACAAGAAGAACCGAACUGCCUGCAAGGCCUGCCGUUUGAGAAAGUGCCUUCUCGUGGGCAUGUCGAAGUCCGGCUCUCGGUACGGUCGCAGGUCGAACUGGUUCAAAAUCCACUGUCUCCUGCAAGAGCAACAGCAGCAACAGCAACAACAACAGCAACAACAACAUCAUUACCAGCAAAGUCUGCCUAAUCCGCAACUGGCGCAGCAGCAACGGAAACCGAUGAGCCCGCCCAUCGGGAUUCACGCUGGCCAACGGAAGGACGACGUCCUGAUGCUGGGUCUGGACGACUACAAGAACUCCACUUCGCCCAGCAUCAGCUCGCCGGAGUCGCACAAUAGCGACAGUUCCGUGGAGAUAUCCGAGAGACGAGCAGCCUUUUCGGGACACCCGGGUUUCAGACCCCUGCACUCGCACCUGCAACCCUCCGUGGCCGAUCUGUCGGCCCUCAGCAAAGAAAUGAUGAGUCUACCCCUCGGUUUCCACCUGGGUGGCAUGUCCCUGAUACCACCAGCUUUUCUACCACCCCCCAGCCUCACCAUGUUCUCCCCUUACCAUCUGUACGCGACGUCUCACGGAGCCUCUCAUCCGUUGGUACCCAAUCACUCCUCCACCCUCCUUCGACACUCGCCCGUGAUCGAAGACGCUACAAACACGAUUUCCGCCACGACCGCUACCACCACCACGACCAUCAGCCUCGACAACAAGGACUCGUGCGAGACUAACAAUAACAACAACGAUAGAUACGCGCACAACCACAACGUACAGACGUCGAGGCACAGUUCGUCGCCGGGAACGGAAGUCGGCGAAACGUAUACAAAGCGAUUCUAUUUAGACGCGGUGUUGAAGAGCCAACGAACGCACGCGACGAGUUCCCCGGGUUCUAUCAAAGGACAUUCCGAGAACGGUUCUCCGGUUUGCAGUCCGAAAUCCGAAGCGGACUGCCUCCCGCCCCAAGACAACCCGAUGGAUCUCUCCAUGAAGUCUGUCACCACGCCCUGCAAGGACGACACAGAGGACGAUGAGAUCGACAUGGAGAGCGUCAGUGAUCGGGACAGUCCUCCCCUGAAAAGGAAACCGGCGCCUAUAGACCUAACGACGAGGUCCUAG